AUGAUGGGUUUCGUAUGACAAAAUGGGUGGAAAAAAAGCAUCCAAAUAAAAUGCAUUUGAUGCUAAAAUGAAAAUUAUUUACAUAAUUAAGUUUUAUGCAAUAUAAACCCUGAUUUUGUUUUUUAAAUUCUAAUUAAGAAACUACCCAGUUUGACUACAGAGAGAGCUAUAGGCUAUAGCCUGAUUCCGGAUAAGGAAAGUUGGCGAUAUCAAUGGAAAAACAGAGCUAUGGGGAGAUUCAUGACUGCGUGAUCAAGCAGCUGCAGAGAAUCAAUCCUCAAAGAAGAAAAGACAAAGUUUACAUUGGUUGUGGAGCUGGGUUUGGUGGUGACCGGCCAAUGGCAGCUCUGAAGUUGCUUAAAAGAGUCAAAGAGCUGAAUUAUAUUGUUCUUGAAUGUUUAGCAGAACGUACCCUUGCUGAGCGGUACCAGGCUAUGGUGUCUGGUGGUGAUGGCUAUGAUUCUAAUAUUUCAGAAUGGAUGUCUUUGUUACUACCUUUGGCUGUGGAGAGGGGAACUUGUGUAAUUACCAACAUGGGUGCAAUGGAUCCGCUUGGUGCUCAAGAGAAGGUUUUAGAAAUAGCCAGCAGCCUUGGGCUUUGUGUGUCUGUUGCUGUGGCUCAUGAGGUCUUUGUUAAUGAGUCAGGUAUGCCUGGCCAGUUGGCUUCUUCUAAAGUGUAUGAGAAAUUUGCUGGCUCGGUAUCAUUGCCUGAGAAGCCGGUUAGCAUGGAAGGUGGUAUUAGCACAUAUCUAGGAGCAGCUCCAAUAGUUGCAUGUCUGGAGAGAUACCAACCAAAUGUUAUAAUUACUUCAAGGGUUGCUGAUGCUGCACUAUUCUUAGCACCAAUGGUUUAUGAACUGGGCUGGAAUUGGGAUGACUUGGAGCCAUUAGCACAGGGAUCUCUGGCUGGACACCUUCUAGAGUGUGGUUGUCAACUCACAGGGGGAUACUUCAUGCAUCCAGCGGACAAGUAUCGGAACUUGUUUUUCACACAUCUCCUGGAUCUAUCACUGCCAUAUGCUGAAAUUUCAUUCACUGGGAAAGUAUGUGUCAUGAAGGCAGAAGGUAGUGGCGGGGUUUUAAAUUUCAGUACUUGUGCUGAACAACUACUUUAUGAGGUUGGAGAUCCAAGUUCUUAUAUUACACCUGAUGUUAUAGUUGAUUUUCGGGGUGUCUCAUUCCAGCCGUUAUCUAGCUCUAAAAUUCUCUGUAUUGGUGCAAAGCCUUCUGCUCAUCCUGUACCUGAUAAACUUUUGCAGUUGGUUCCAAAGGAGUGUGGAUGGAAAGGAUGGGGUGAGAUAUCAUAUGGAGGAUAUGAAUGUGUUAAACGUGCUAAAGCUGCUGAAUUUCUUGUUAAAUCAUGGAUGGAAGAGGCAUUUCCCGAUGUCAGUUGUGGUGUUCUUUCUUAUAUAAUUGGACUUGAUAGCUUGAAAGCUACCAGCAUUGAUAACUAUCCAUUAACAUGGAGGGCUAACGAAGAUAUUCGGCUACGCAUGGAUGGACUAUUUCAGGAGAAGAAACAUGCAGCACAGCUUGCCAAAGAGUUUACUGCAUUAUAUACAAAUGGACCAGCCGGUGGUGGUGGUAUCAGCACUGGGCUCAAAAAGGAGAUUGUUCUUGAAAAGCAAUUGAUUGGACGUGAACAUAUUUUCUGGCGGGUAGGGGCAAAGCGAACAAAAGUUGGCGAAUCAAAAUGUCAGAAACAUGUCGUUGAAGAUGUUAUGAAGGCAAAUGUUCUGCAUGAACCCGCAUUGCCACCAUUUCCACAGGAAGAUAUGCACAAUUCUUGCCUAGAUGGUUCAGUUGCAGAAAUUGGCCUUUCUGCUGCUCCCUGUGGGCAAAAGAUUCCACUUUAUAGUAUAGCCCACAGUAGGGCUGGAGACAAAGGAAAUGACUUGAAUUUCUCCAUCAUCCCACACUUCCCGCUGGAUAUUGAGAAGCUGAAGCUUAUCAUAACACCCGAGUGGGUAAUGGGUGUAAUCUCGGUCCUUUUGGAUGCAUCCCCAAAAGCCAUUGAUGAUACAGAGAAACAGGUCGAUGAACAUGUCAAGGUGGAAAUAUAUGAAGUCAAGGGAAUCCAUUCUUUAAAUGUUGUGGUUCGAAACAUUCUAGAUGGUGGUGUCAAUUGCUCUCGCAGGAUUGAUCGGCAUGGAAAGACCAUCUCGGAUCUUAUAUUGUGUCAGCAUGUGGUGUUAGCUCCAUAAUUUUCAGUGUUUAAUUACAAUUAAACCUUAAACCCCGGCAGGAACAAUAAGCAGAUAUAGUUGUUUCAAUUUAAUGCCAUGAACAAAAAGCUAAUUUUAUUAUUAAUUUAGUCAUCAAAGUUCAA